CUCUCAUUCGCCCCAGUAGCGCAGAGCGUGCCACAGCGGUGUCAACGGACACUCAGCUCCUAUGCUGUGAAUGACAUCACACUCUCUCCGCUAGUGGGCAGGAAGAAGCUCGCUCGCAUUCUCGUCCACAUGCAGUGGUCCCGUAAGGUGCUGGUGUAAUUUUUUUCAUCUACAUUUUUUUUGUUGCCAAAAAGGGGCUGGACAAAAUAUUGCCACAAUGAACAACAGCUUCCUGAACAUGGCGUCGAUAGGAGACUUCGACUCGCUGAACACUUCUAUUCCUGCCACGAAAGUUGAAAUCACUGUGUCUUGCAGAAACCUGCUCGACAGAGAUACCUUCUCCAAAUCCGAUCCAAUAUGUGUCCUCUACACACAAGCCGUUGGAAACAAGGAAUGGAGAGAGUUUGGCAGGACUGAGGUCAUCGACAACACCCUGAACCCCGACUUUGUGCGCAAAUUCAUCUUGGACUACUUCUUCGAGGAGAGACAAAACCUCAGAUUUGAUUUGUAUGAUGUCGACUCCAAAAGCACCAACCUGUCAAAGCAUGAUUUCUUGGGUCAGGCCUCUUGUACUCUGGGUGAGGUGGUCGGUUCGCUGGGUGGCCGCUUGGAGAAACCCCUCGGAGGCAUUCCCAAUAAGAAGUGUGGAACCAUCAUUGUCAAAGCAGAGGAACUGGGAAACUGCAGGGAGUCAGUGUUGAUGCAGUUCUGUGGGAAUAAACUGGACAAGAAGGAUUUCUUUGGAAAAUCAGACCCCUUCCUGGUGUUCUACCGGAGCAAUGAGGAUGGAACGUUCACCAUCUGCCAUAAGACAGAGGUAGUGAAGAACACACUGAACCCCGUGUGGCAAGCCUUCAAGAUCCCCGUUAGAGCACUCUGCAACGGAGACUACGACAGAACAAUCAAGGUUGAAGUGUAUGACUGGGAUCGGGAUGGCAGCGUCUUCGCAGAUUCCAAGGACACUAUACAGCGUUUUAAAAAACGGGGAUCGGCAAACUCAGACAGGUUUCAGGAACCAAUCAGAUCCAACCAUGACUUCAUUGGAGAGUUUAGCACAAGCUACAGAGAGUUGUCCCGUGGCCAAUCACAGUUCAACGUCUAUGAGGUGAUAAAUCCAAAGAAGAAAAGCAAAAAGAAAAAGUACCUAAACUCAGGAACGGUAACACUACUGUCCUUCCUGGUAGACAUUGAGGUGACAUUCCUGGACUACAUCAAGGGCGGGACUCAGAUUAAUUUCACCGUGGCCAUCGAUUUCACCGCCUCCAACGGCAACCCGGCGCAGCCCACCUCGCUGCACUACAUGAACCCGUACCAGCUGAACGCCUAUGGCAUGGCACUGCGGGCCGUGGGCGAGAUCAUACAGGACUACGACAGCGACAAGAUGUUCCCCGCGCUGGGCUUUGGAGCCAAACUGCCCCCGGACGGGAGGGUGUCCCAUGAGUUUGCACUGAAUGGCAACCCCCAGAACCCCUACUGCCAUGGCAUCGAUGGCGUGAUGGAGGCAUACUACCAGAGCCUCAAAUCAGUUCAGCUGUACGGCCCAACCAACUUCUCACCGAUCAUCAACCACGUGGCCAGGUAUGCUGCGUCGGUCAAGGACGGCUCGCAGUACUUCAUCCUCCUCAUCAUCACAGACGGGGUCAUAUCCGACAUGGCCCAGACCAAGGAGUCCAUCGUCAACCCAUGGUUGAACUGGAUGGAGACGAAGUGCGGAUCUCAUCACGGGGCCGAUACGCUGAGAGAGACAUCGUACAGUUUGUGCCCUUCCGCGACUACAUCGACAGAACCGGGAACCACAUCCUGAGUAUGGCCCGGCUGGCCAAAGACGUCCUAGCUGAGAUCCCGGACCAGUUCCUGUCCUACAUGAGAACCCGCGGGAUCAAGCCGUCGCCC